AUGGCCAUGCAGGACGCUAGACACAGUCUCGUCCAAAACGCCUCUGUCGACUUGAAGACACUAUCAGUAUCAGCUCUUUACGACCUUGUCGCACCUUGUGUCGUCCCAAGUGGCUCGCCCAGUGCAAGAUUUGCAAACUGGUCUCGGACGUUUCACUGCACACCGCUGGUCGUGUUUGAACCGUGUGACGUAGAGCAAUGUCGUCUCAUCUUUGAACUCGCACAACGCGAGCAACGCACCGUUCGCAUCGUUGGAGCCGGUCUCUCGCCCAGUGACCUCGCUUGCACGUCCGACUUUAUGCUUCGCACGAGUAAACUGAACAAACUACGCGUGGUAGAUCCGGAGAAGCACUUUGUCGUUUGUGACGGCGGGAUCAAACUCGAAGACUUGGAGCGAGAAUUGGCCACCCAUAACCUCGCACUCCGUAACCUUGGCUCCAUCUCAAUGCAGGCCAUGGGAGGAGUGAUCACGACUGCGACCCAUGGGACUGGCAUCGAAUUCAAGGUCCUGGGAGAUGACGUUUUGUCACUGUCGCUCCUACUUGCCGACGGUACUUUGGUCUACUGUUCGCGACAUGAGAACCAAGACUUGUUCAAGGCUACAUUAUGCGGUCUGGGAUCGACGGGACUUGUCAUCUCGGUUCAGAUCCGCGUCGAGCCUGCGUUUCAGCUGCGCGAAGCUCAAGUGACGCGUCCGUUUGAUGAAAUCCUCGCCAAUCUCGACGACAUUGUUCACCAGGCUCAACAUGUCCGGCUAUGGUGGUACCCGCAAAACAAGAGCGUGCGUGUGUGCUCUGCCAACAGGACGACGGCAAUCGAGCCGGAACACUCCGAGCCAUCUUUCAAGAGCUUCCAACCCGCCUUCUUGACCCACCACCUGGUCGAGUUUUUCCUCUUUCUCGCUAGGAUCUGGCCAGUACUCGCAUACUACAUUGCGCGCUAUGUCGCCUGGAUGGAGUCUGCACCAAAGGUCGUCGUUGGCGAAAGUGGCUCCAUUCUACGUGCAGAUUGCAGGUUUGCGCAACACACCACCGAGUGGGCAAUACCAUAUGAACACGCCCAAACCUGCCUAAUACAGCUACGAGACUGGCUCGAGACCGAGCCUUAUAGCGAGAAUGGCACCUAUCCAAACUUUCCUAUAGAGCUCCGGUUUUCUGCACCAGACGACAUCUGGCUAAGUCCAGCCUACGGCCGGCGAACAUGCUGGAUCGGCAUAAUACAAUUCAAGCCAUAUGGUUUACCAGUACGCUAUCAAGAGCUAUUUCGACGGUUUGAAGCCAUCAUGUCCUCGUACGACGGACGGCCACAUUGGGCAAAGCCGCAUCAUCUGGGGCCUCACCAGUUACGCCGGCUGUAUCCACACUUUGACGACUUUGUCGCCGUCUUGGAGCGCGUGGACCCGAUGGGAAUGUUCAGGAACGAAAACGUUCGUAGGCACAUCUUUGGCGAACGAGGCCCAGCAAUCGACCCAAGACUGUUCAAACAACACAAAGGUGCAUCUGAUUCCAGCUUCUAUGCGUGA